GCUCACGUGAGUCUGGGGACGAGGCUAGGGAGAUCGAUGAGUCGCAAGGUAUUGUUGUUGUCCAAUUCAAGAAACCACGGUGGCAAAUAUCUUGAACAUGCAUCUGAUAUAAUCAGGGAACUGUUUGCAGGUGUGCAGACUGUCGUGUUCAUCCCAUAUGCUCUCAAAGACAAAAACGACUACACUGAACACGUAAAGGCUAAACUCAGCGAGCUUGGAUUUGCGGUGAAGGGCGUUCAUGAAGGGAAUCCUGUUGAAAACAUUAGAGAAGCUGAAGCCAUAUAUAUUGGCGGUGGAAACACUUUCAGGUUGCUGAAGUGCCUGUAUGAAGAAAGUCUUUUACCUGAGAUUAGAAAAAGAGUGCUACAGGAUAAUGUUCCAUACAUGGGAAGUUCAGCUGGAAGUAACGUCGCAACACCAAGUAUCCACACUACCAAUGACAUGGCAAUUGUCUAUCCUCAGUCUCUAGAAGCACUCAGUCUUGUACCUUUCAACAUUAACCCACACUACAUUGAUCAUGACCCAGACAGAAAACACAUGGGGGAGACAAGAGAGGCCAGAAUAAAAGAAUUUCAUGAAGAAAACACGACUCCUGUUCUGGGAAUCAGGGAAGGUUCAUACUUGUAUGUCAAUGGUACCAAAAUGACUCUUUUAGGACCAACUGGUGCUAAACUGUUCAUUCAAGGUGAAGAAGAAGCAAGGGAACUGUUAUCAGGUGCUGAUGUGAGCUUUCUUUUGAACUGAGACACUGCUACUGCUGUAGUAACUGAAUGGUGACCUCUAAGGUUGUCACCAGUAUUCUAAUGAACAUGCUUUUCUAGUGUCCUACACAUAUGUGGCUGUCGGUAUUUUUCAAAGCUGCUUUUGAUUCAUGUAACAACGAAACAAAGUACUAGGCUGUAGUACUGUCUUGUGGGGGCUUGCUAUGUACGGUGUGACCUGCAGACAUGUAAAAAAUGAAUGUUAGCUUCUUCCUGA